AUGCCUGUUCUUGCAGGUUCACAGAACAAUGAUACUAAAAGACAGUUUCUUCUAGAACGGCUACUGGAUGCAGUUAAACAGUGUCAGAUACGUUUUGGAGGAAGAAAAGAAAUUGCUUCAGACUCUGAUAGCAGAGUCACUUGUUUGUGUGCUCAGUUUGAAGCUGUGUUACAGCAUGGUCUGCGGAGGAGCCGAGGAUUAGCGUUAACAGCAGCAGCAAUCAAACAGGCAGCAGGUUUCUCCAGUAAAACUGAAACAGAGCCAGUGUUUUGGUACUAUGUGAAAGAAGUUCUGAAUAAACAUGAACAACAGCGCUUUUAUUCUCUGAAGACAAUUACUACAGAUAUUGGUAGAGGCCGGGCUUGGUUGCGCUGUGCAUUAAAUGAACAUUCCCUGGAAAGAUAUGUUCACAUGCUGCUUGCAGAUAAGAAUCGACUCAGUGUCUUCUAUGAAGACUGGUCUUUUAUGAUGGAUGAAGAACGUUCUAGUAUGAUCCCUACGAUGGCAGCUGGUCUGAACUCCAUUCUUUUUGCGAUCAACAUUGAUAAUAAGGAUUUAAAUGGGCAGAGCAAAUGCACACCUACCGUGUCUGAUUUGUUAAAGGAAUCGACGCAAAACGUAACCUCAUUAUUGAAGGAAUCCACUCAGGGUGUUAGCAGCCUUCUUAGAGAGAUAACUGCAUCAUCUGCUGUCUCGAUUCUAAUAAAACCUGAUCAAGACACUGACCCACUUCCUGUUCUCUCAAGGAACGUAAAUGCUGAUUUGAAAUAUAGAAAAGAUCGAAAAAAGAAGAAGAGAGUGACAAAUAUCAUCUCAUUUGAUGAAGAGGAAGAUGAGCAAAAUUUGGGGGAUGCCACGAAGACUCUGAUUACAGGAGAAAGUUCAGAAGAGAGUGUGGACAGAUCUUCAGUUUUUGUAUUACCCUCAUCGGAAAGCACUCUCGGAAGAAAUUUGAAUGGGAAUGAAAGUAACGAUUCGUGGAAGAGCAAUUCCGUAUUCAUGAAUGGAGAGUAUGAAUAUCAGAAACUAGAUGUGAAGAGCAUUGAUGAUGAAGAUGCAGAUGAGGAUGAGUUAUAUGGAAAAACGUCAGGAAAUAAAGGCACAGAAGGUGAAACUGAAGAUUCUGAAAAGCCUCAUGAAAUAGGCACAUGCAAUUCUCAGAUAUGCAGUUGGACUCCUCUGCAGGUCCUGAAUGAUGACUCAGAUGUCCUAUUUCCAGUCAGUGCCAUUGGCUCUUACUCGCAAACAGAUAACUUGGAGAAUGGAGAGGGGCACGAACAUGUUGUUCAUGCGGUAGAACUGGUUCCAAGAAGAUCUGAUCUUCCUUACAGAGUGGAAGUCAGUCCUCCAGCUCAAGUGAAUACUUUAAGCAAUAUGUUGCCUUCAGCCACUGUGCCAGAAUCCAUGACAAUUAAUGAACUUCGUCAAGCUAUUGUGGCCAUGAUGAAUAGAAAGGAUGAACUGGAAGAACAGAAUAGAUCUCUGAGAAAUCUGCUUGAUGGAGAGAUGGAGCAUUCUGCAGCGCUAAGGCAGGAAAUGGACAACUGGAGAAGGAAAGUAGCAGAACAGGAAGAGCGACAUGCCACAAAAGUCCAAGCCUUGGCACGAGAAAAUGAGGUGCUAAAAGUGCAACUUAAGAAGUAUGUAGGAGCUGUCCAGAUGCUCAGAAGAGAAGGUCAAACAGUGGAAGUUUUGCCAAACAUUGGGAGCACUGAUGGUGAAUUUACUAUUCCAGAGCAAAAACAAGUAGAAAACAACGAGGAACUAGCCAGCUCUUAUGAAAGAAAAUUGAUUGAGGUUAUUGAAAUUGCAAUAUGGAAACAGAUGAUGGAAGCUACUAGUUCUGUUGAGAUGAUCAUGUUAGAAAAU